AUACGUAAAGUCUUAUAGAAUACUUCAGUUUUUUUCACAUUCAUCUGGUUAUUAGAUUAUUUCUAUAGAAUCAAGUAAAAUAAUUAGGCAGAUAGAACCCGAUAAAAUUUUUUAUUGGAGACCCAAUAGAGAGUUUAAAAUUUUUAUUGGAUUUUAUUUGUGUCUUUUAACCGGGAAACAUUCAGAAUGUUUUGUCUACCAAAAAUUGGGGAACAGACAUGAAAGUACUAAUAAACACAUACAAAUCAUUAUUGCAAUCAAAAAUAGACAAUGGCUGUGUAGCGUACGACUCAGCCAAACAGAGUGUUAGUAAACAACUAGACGUGAUUCUAAAUUCAAGCAUGAGAAUCGCGUUAGGAACUUACAGGACAAGUCCUACAACCAGCUUACUAAGCGAAUGCAAAAUGUUAGCACUACGACUAAGAAGAAAACAGCUCACCUCUAACUACGCCAUCAAAUUACUGAACUAUAUACUUUUAAACAACGAAAGCUCAAGAAACAAGAUAUUUAAAUCAAAUCCAAUAUUACCUUUCUAUCAACGGGCCUCAACAUACUUGAAAUCCUAUAUACAACCACACAAAAUAAAUUAUGUCCUUGGACCAGUACUGAAGACGCAACCACCAAAAUAGGAAAAGUCGAAGGAGACCACAAGAAAUUCGUCCAAGAUCACGCAGAAUACCUCUACAUAUAUACGUCAACAUCUAUCAAUAUACAAGCUAUUGGAGCCGCUGCCUCGUUUCCUAAUGGCGAAAGCCUACUAUUAAAAAUUAAAAAUUGGUAUGGUACACAAUCAGCUCUUCUUACACUAAUACUUCAAACAAUUGAGCGCAUCGACACUAAUAUCAAAACAAUAAUUUAUGUACAAUCACUACAGCUUAUAAACGAUCUAAUAAACAAUAAACAAAAUAAUUCACACAUUCAACAAAUAAAAAACCUGGUUAAUAAACGAGAUAGUAAAAUAGCUAUCUAUUUCUCGACCCCUCCAUAUAACAUAUACAACCAAACUCAAAACUUAGCCAACCUAGCCAGUGAACUAGAGCACCACCAAAAUGCACAUAAAAUCAGCCGAGAAGAUGGAAAGAGAGUAAUCCAAAGGAAAAUAAAUCGAGAAUGGAACAAGCAAUGGCAAUACGAUGCCAAGAAUACUCAACUAAAACAAAUAAAACCUAAAGUCUUCACGAAAAGCCCACUAUUAGCACUAACACGAAGACAACAGAUAAUAAUAUCCAGAAUCAGAAUAGGACACACAGUGCUAACUCACGAAUAUCUAUUCAAAAAAGAGAACCCACCUGAAUGUGAUACCUGCAAUACCCCUGUAAAGAUCGACCAUAUCUUAAUGAUCUGCCCAAAAUACGAUACCGAACGUUUAUAACACACAAUCAAACCAAGCCUAAGCAAACUGCUGAACAGUACUGAAGGAUGUGCCAACGUUGUAAAAUUUGUACAAGACUUAAAUCUCAAAAUAUAAACAUUUUUUUUCUUUUUUCUUUUUUUACUCUCUGUAAACAAUCAAAAUCUAUUAUAUCUACAAAUUCGUUGUAAAAAGUGUAUGUAAAGGUGUCGCUAAUACCCUCUGGGGGAUGCGACUUUAAAUAAAUAAAUAAAAAAAAAAGACAAAGUGCUGUCGUUGUUGAUGAAACACGGAGCCGAUGUUUUUGCCAAUGAUAACUUAGAUCGAAACGUCCUGCAGUGCUUGACAGAGACUAGUGUGGAACACCUUGAACUGGCCAAAAUCUUGAUCGAGAAGGGCGUCUCUCUCCACGAUUAUUGCGACUUGCACCUCCAACCGCUACACUCGGCUGUCAUGAUGGGCAAAUAUGAAUCGGUGAAACUCUAUUUGGAUCACGGCGCAGAUGUCAAUGCGCAAUCACUCCGUGGCAAAACUCCGCUGCACUUAGCGUUAGAACCUACACGUUUGAAGUUGCCAAUAAUAGAGACUUUGCUCAAACGCGGCGCGAACACUGCCCUAAAGACUGGGAGUGGCGGUUGGACCGCGUUGCACUACGCCUGCUCUUAUAUUCAACGAGAGGUCGUCAAACUGUUUUUGGCUGUCGGAGCGGAUGUGCUAGUCGAGAACGAUUACGGCCAAACACCUCUCGCUUGCAUCCCUCAUGAACGUAUGGAGAGUCCAGGCGUCGAGUUGAUUAUCAAAGUUCUGGCUCUGAAAAAAGCUCUCCAGCCGUCGCUCGAGCUGAAGGACGAGGGGAUCAUCGAGCGCUAUCCGAAGUUGCGGAUUUAUUAUCGCAGCUGCUUCGAAGAGAUCGACAGGAUGAGAUCCACGAGGUUCACCGAGGGCUGCACUUUCUUCGAUCUGCUCGCGAAAAGCCAGCGUCAGAUUGCCGGGCUCAUGCGGAGUCCCGACUUCGAGGCCAAGUUUCAGCUGUACGAUCUGAGCAGCGAAUUUACCACGUAUGCCGAAGAGGCGAAGCGAAGUUUCGAGCUAGGCUGGGACAGGUCGACCUGGUCGACGAGGCUGUCGGCCGCAUUUUGCCUUAUCUGCUUGUGAGGAAGAUAGUUGAUUACGCUUUUGAUUAGCGCGAGAAUCUGAAGAUAUGAUCGUUAGGUUAAUUGAAAUAUUGAAACAUUAUAUAGUAUAUUAUGUUCCAAGGGCGUAAAGUGCGUUUUUUUGACCGAGUGCAAUACUGUAUCCACUAUAUAUUUCUGUGGCUUCUCAGCAAACGACUAAAGUCACAGUUUCGAGUUUUCGAGAAAUUGCGAUUUUAAUGUUUAAAUUGAUACGUAAGAUCGUGGUAUAUACAAAUAACAGUGCAAUAGGGAACAGACAUGGUUUUGCUAUAUACAUAUAAAUACUUAUAUAUAGAGUAGGAAAUAGCAUAAGAAUACGUUAGGUAUCAAUUUUUUGCUGAUUUAGUACCUCCAGGCCCUAAUAUUAUUAAUUAAAAAUUUAUAUGUUGUUAUGUGUAGUUUUUAAAACGGUAGCUCUGCAAUAUGGCGGCUCAAAGGAUAAAGACCUAACACCUAACGUACGGGCAUUGGAGUACAUGAAUUACAGUCAUCAUGAAUCUAUUUUGAUUUUGAAGCAUUAUCUCUCAACUCUAUUAUGAUUUUUGACAAAACAAUAAGGUUAUUUUAUGUAUUAACAUUUACAUGCGUUUAUACAUCUAUAUAUAUUUUCGUCCUUCGCGCCGCCAUAUUGAUCACGUGAGCUCUCAAUCGUUUAAACGUAUCAUUAGCAAACCAAAUUUUCAAAACCAUAUUACCUAACAAAUAUUGCAGUAAAAAUCGUAACUUUUCUACUUUUGUGAAAGAUUUAUUCUUAACUUUAUUUUAAAAAUCAUGUCUGUUCCGUAUUUUGCGCUUAUUUAGUGCAUCGUGAAUUAUACCUUUUAAAUCGUUGCACUAGGCACAGCAGAUGGGUGGUUGUCUUUUUAUGGCGCAGAAAUUACCCUCGGUUUAGUCGUUGUGCCGGGAAUACAUUUUCCAUAUUCUGGCUUGAAUACAAUCUUGUUGGGAUACUUUGGUAUCAAAUUUGACAUCCAAAAAUGAAAAGAAUGCUUGACAUAGCUAUUGUCAACUUACAGAGUAA